AUGUCCAAGACUGGUGUCGUGAAAAAUUGGAACGAGGACAAAGGCUUCGGCUUCAUAGGUCCUGACGACGGUGGCGAGGACUUGUUUUGCCACACUUCUUCUUUGCGUGGCUGCAAGGGUCUCGGGAAGGGAGACAAGGUGCGUUUUGAGCCGGAAUAUGACGAUCGCAAGGGCAAGAUGCGUGCGGUGAACGUGUCCAUUGAGGGCGGUGGCGGCGGCGGCGGCUACGACGACCGCCGCGACGACCGCCGCGACGAUCGUCGGGAUUAUGAUCGCCGUGACGAUCGCCGUGAUGAUCGUGGCAAGGGGAAAGGUGGCAAGGGCGGCGGCGAUCGCUUUGGUGGCGACAACCGUGGGGACGACAUCAGCAACGGAGGAAAUCGCCACCUCACGGCGCGCGAGCUGUUCAUGAGGCACGAGCGUGAGAGGCGCCGGCGUUCGUCCUCUUCUUCUAGGUCUAGGUCUCCUCCCAGGCAGAGGUCUCCCAGGUCCAAACGAGACAAUUUCGCCUGA